GAAAAUUAGUAGCAUCACAUUUCAAAUGUCAAUUUCUCGUCGGUUAAAAUGGCUAGUCUCCUGGUUUUCUUCUUGUUAGCACAACUGAUCCACAUUCAUGGAAACGGGCAAUUAAUCUCGUUAUUGUUGAGUUAUUAGGUACACCAACAUCUAAAUAUUUCGCACGAAAUUACUAUUAAACAUACAUUUAAUUUGAUGUGGGCGACUUUUCGAUCUCUCUGUACUUUAUAUGCUUUUAUAGUAUUUUAGGAAACCAAGAUCAUAACAAAAUGUUAUUUGGGUUGCCUAUCUGAAUUAAAAAAAAGAAAAUAAAUUCCAAACCAGGUGAACCAAAGUAAAAGUUAACCCAGGUAGAAUUCUCUCUCUCGUCCUUGUCCGUUGCUUUCUCGACAAAACCCGACCCAAACCGUUUCUUCCACGCCGUCAUCCUCGUUCCGGUACGGACAACAAAACCGUCUGGUUCUCAAUACCUAACUCGGUUCGUGUUCUUAUCUUAACUUUAAAAAAAAGUGGAAAAGAACGCAAAAGAAAUCAUGUGAAACCAAAAAAAAACUUCAAAGACUUUUUAAAAAGUUUAAAGUGUAAAUAUUUUUAAAAUGUGUUACUUCUUCGUUUGGACGAUUAUCGAUGAUCGAUUGUAUUGGAGAUGACCAUGUUUAAGAGGGCUAUGAUUUUCGUGACCUUCUUCGGAUCCUGCUUUGCCAUAGCUUUGCUGGUGGCCAGCCUGGGGACCAAACAGUGGGUCAAUGCGGUUGCUAAACGAACAAUAAACCCCGAAGAAAGUCAAGGGAGGAUUAAUUUUGGUUUAUUCGAUGGUAAAAAGGAUUUAAACGUUGCGUAUGGAUGGAGAACUUACCCUAUUGAUGUGGUACAUUUAUUAAAAUAUGAACCAGAAUUUUUAAAUUACUGGUUAUGGUUGGGAACGAUAACAUGCGUUUGUGCCGGACUCCUUCUUUCAGCGUUAAGUGGUGUUUUCGCUGCUAUUAACGCAGGAACAAAUAGCUCCAAUUGUCUUUUAACAUCAAAACGUCUCUAUUUAUGGAAUUUCUUAGCAAUGCUCUCAAAUCUGGGAGCAAUCGGAUUUUGGUUAUUACAAUAUUAUUUUAAGCUCCAAUCGAACGUUUUAUCGAGAGAAGAGUUGGAGAAUAUGUGGACAUCGGAAAAUAUGGCUGAUUUAGGAUAUUCAUUUUGGUUUGUGGUAGGAGCAGCAGCCGCAAAUUUUAUUAAUAUAAUCAUUCUUCUGAUAGCAAACAGUGAUGGAAAUAAAGAAACCGUUAUACCAAUGCUUGAAGAAAAAACCAAUGGGGCCAUUAUGCUAUAUUAGUUCUUUUUAUUAUUGUUUUCUUAAAUAACAAUCUUGUAAUUUUAGGUUAAACUUCUUUUUCGUUGUACAUAAAUAUUUAUAAUUACCACUAUACAUAAUAUGCAAUAAAAAAACUUAAUUUUUA